UUUUUUACCGAUGAUUGCCAAACCAAGAUGCUCAAGAAUGAGUCAAGAGACCGGCUUUAUUGCAUAAUAUUGUGGUUUUGAUGGUAGUAGAUUCAAGAGCUACUACAAUCAUGGCAUACACUCCCAAGGAAACAAAAACCGCUCUCCUUCUUCCGGAUCGUCAUUUUCUCACCACACAAACAGCUCCAAAAACAAUAGUAAAAACAGUUAUCUUCUGUUAUUUCUCUUUCCACCUUUUACUUGUCCUCCCUCUAUGGCUAUUGAUGAUGUUUCUGUUGUGUUCUUUGUCUGCCCUUUGUAUGGCUAAUCAUUACCUUCUUGGGAUUCUUUGACUCUCUCUGUUUUCUGGGUCUCUUCAGUUUCUGGGUCUUCAAACAAUGGGUUUGGCUGAAGACAAUGUGACCUCUGAAACAAAACCAACCCAACCAAUACAGAGUCAUAGCAGACAGCCGAGUGAGACUUCUUGUUAUGCCACUGAGGAUGAAGAAGAGGGUAACAAAGAGGAUGAAGAAGAAGAAGCUCGUCUACAAUUGGGUCCCAUUUGCAGUAUCAAAGAGCAUCUUGAAAAGGAUAAGGAUGAUGAGAGUUUGAGGCGGUGGAAAGAACAACUUCUUGGCAGUGUCGAUGUCAAUGCGGCUGAAGAAACUCUAGAACCAGAUGUCAAAAUUUUGAGCCUUACUAUCCUCUGCCUUGGUCGACCUGAUCUUGUUCUUGAGAUUCCUGCCAAUGGGGACCCCAAAGGCGUGUGGUUUACACUGAAAGAAGACACCUGUUACCAUCUGAAAUUCUCCAUUCAGGUCAGCAACAAUAUUGUUUCUGGCCUGAGGUACACUAACACUGUUUGGAAAACUGGUCUCAAGGUUGACAGCUCGAAGCAGAUGCUCGGAACCUUCAGUCCUCAGGCUGCGCCUUACAUACAUGAGAUGCCAGAAGAGACUACCCCCUCUGGAAUGUUCGCAAGAGGAUCAUAUUCGGCGAAAACAAAGUUUAUUGAUGACGACAACAAGUGCUACUUGGAAAUCAACUACACAUUCAGUAUCCAAAAAGAAUGGCCAAAGUAAAACCGAGAUUUAACUGUCCUCUGACUCUCAAUCACCGCUUUUGAGUCCCUGCAGUAACAGCAAUGCAAGCCGCCAGAAUAGGAGAACAGGAAGGACGUGGCUUCAGAGUUCCUUGGAUUGUACCCAAAUAAAACCACAAAAACCCUUCAGAUUGUCCAUUGCAUUUGCUAGCUUUUUUGUUAUUCUCUGCCCGUCUGCACAUUCAGACCAGCCUCAAAUGAGUUGUUUAGAUUCAGUUGCUGUACAUCUCUUUGCUUUGUAUAGACAAAGAAAGCAUAUCGUUUUUUUUGUUUGAUGACCGUCUUUUUCUUUGCCAAGGCUACCAAAAUUUUGCAUGUAUCAUUUUACUGAAGCAUGAUAUACAUCCAGCAAUAAGUUUUGAAUGUACAGCUCCGUGUGGUCUUUUGACAUUA